AUGCCUUCGUUUUCCUUACCUCUCAUUCGUGACAAUCCCGACGGGGGAUGGGGACCAUCUUCGUCUAACUUGCCCGAGCAAUUCAAGUUCAAAGAUAUCCCAUAUGCCCCCUACUCAAAAUCUGAUAAACUUGGUCGUUUUGCGGAUUGGAAUGAGACCGCCUCUGAUGGAAGACAAACAACUAUUGGUCUUCCAGUAACUCAAAAUUCCCGUACUGGCCCCGGAGGAAGGAGAAGAGACGGCGCACAGGCUUUUGGAAGUGGUACAGCUAGUGCAUUUGCUUAUUUCCACGUCGAGGACGAGUCAUCCUUCUCUCUGGUCGAUAACAAAGCUGCUCCGGCUCGCAAAACUGGGCAGUUCUCUCGUGGACGAGGUGGUGGACGGGGUGGCGCUACUUAUGCUACUCGUGGUGGUACUCAGCGUGGUCGUGGUGGUUUCACUUCUGGUAGAGGUAACACUCAAAGAGGCGGUAGAAAAGGAUGGAGAGACUGGGACAAGAACACCCGCACCCGUGAAUCUUCUGUCGUCAUUUCGCCUCAAUGGAGCAUGCUUGAAGAAAUAGAAUUCCAUCGUCUUACAAAAUUACGGCUUGAAGUCGAUGAACCAGAGGAGCUGGACACAUACGGAAGGGUUUACCCGUACGACAAAACCUACGAUCGUGUGACGACCAAAACCGAGAGGCCGUUAGUGCCUCAAGAUCGCAUUAAAUACAAUACCACUACUUCUGAUGACCCUAUUAUCCAACAGCUCGCCAGUAAAAACACAGCAACCGUUUACACCACAGAUGGUAUUCUCAGUGUGUUGAUGUGCGCACCUAGAUCGGUCUAUCCAUGGGACAUUGUUAUUGUUCGCGAAGGGAACAAUCUCUAUUUCGAUAAGCGGGAUGGCGGUCCGUUCGAUACGGUGACAGUCAACGAGAAUGCUUCUGAUCCCCCGCAAGAUCCUCCGCCACCCAACCCCAACAACCCCAAUGAGAAGGCCCCCGAGGCCCCUUCUAUCAACUCCGCCACUUCAUUAUCUUUGGAGGCGACUUACAUCAACCAAAACUUUGGGUUCCAGACCGUUACCGAAAAUCCUCCUCCUCCUGCCGUGGACUUUGCUAAUCCUAAUCCUUUCUACGGACCUGAAGAAACCGAUCCCCUGGCCUCUUGCGGUUACCGUUACCGUGUAUUCGAUCUUGGUAUCACAGAAGAUGAAGAUGUCAAAAUUUGUGUUCGAACAGAAGUUGAUGCAUACGCCCCCGGAGCGGGAAAUCCUCGUGAAGGGCAGGGUUUGAUUACAAUUCGUGCUCUCAAUGAAUUCGAUCCCAGAGCCCAAGGUGCCGGAGGAGCUCCCGAUUGGAGAACCAAACUUGAUGCUCAGCGAGGUGCCGUCGUAGCUACCGAAAUGAAGAACAACAGUUGCAAACUUGCCAAAUGGGCUGUUCAAAGUAUUCUUGCUGGUGCUGAUUUGAUGAAACUUGGGUACAUCUCACGAGCGAAUCCAAGAGAUAAUACUCGACACGUUAUUCUGAGCACGGGCUCUAUGCGUCCCACGGACUUUGCUGCACAAUUGAAUGUGUCUUUGGCUAACGGAUGGGGUAUUGUUAGGACAGUGACAGACCUGUGCAUGAAGCAGCCAGAAGGGAAAUAUGUUCUCGUCAAAGAUCCCAACAGACCGGUGAUCCGCUUGUACGCUAUCCCAGCUGGCACCUUUGCAGAACAAGAUGAGGAGGGUGAAGCUUUCGAGGAAGAGCAAGCAGAUCUGACGACGUAA